AUGGCGUCAAUUAUGACAACAGGGGCCAGCCCGAGUCCCAAGUCGGGCGCGGGGGCUGCUGGAUCGGGGGCGGGCGGCGGUGGCGGUGCGGCGGGCGGCAGCGGCUGCGGGGGCGGCGGCGGCGGCAGCGGCCUCCACGGAGACGCCAAGUCACCCCCUGCGCCCCACAACAAGGCGCUCGCCGGCGUCAAAGGCGACCAGCACCCCUCGAUGGCCUUCCUGCAGAACCGGUCUAUCUCGCUGGUGGACAUGUACAUUGACAACUCGGAGCCGUCGGAGAACGUCGGCCAGAUACACUUCAGCCUGGAGUACGACUUCCAGAACACCACGCUCAUUCUCAGGAUCCUAACGGCGAAGGACUUGCCCGCAAAAGACAUCACGGGUACUUCGGACCCUUACGUCCGCGUCACGCUGCUACCUGACAAGAAACACCGGCUGGAGACAAAGAUCAAGAGGCGCACCCUCAACCCGCGCUGGAACGAGACUUUCUACUUUGAAGGGUUUCCCAUUCAGAAGCUGCAGAGCAGAGUACUGCACCUCCACGUCUUUGAUUACGAUCGCUUCUCUCGAGAUGAUUCCAUCGGUGAAGUUUUUCUUCCUCUCUGCCAGGUGGACUUGUCAGAGAAGCCAUCGUUCUGGAAGGCGUUGAAGCCGCCGGCCAAGGACAAGUGUGGGGAGCUGCUGACGUCCCUGUGCUACCACCCCAGUAACAGCAUCCUCACCCUCACUCUACUCAAGGCUCGCAACCUCAAAGCCAAGGAUAUCAACGGAAAGUCAGAUCCCUAUGUGAAAGUAUGGUUGCAAUUUGGAGACAAACGGAUUGAGAAACGUAAGACACCCAUCUUCAAAUGCACUUUGAACCCCAUCUUCAAUGAGACUUUCAGCUUCAACGUGCCGUGGGAAAAAAUAAGGGAAUGCUCUCUGGACGUAAUGGUGAUGGACUUCGACAACAUAGGAAGAAAUGAACUGAUAGGCCGCAUUCUCUUGGCUGGUAAAAAUGGCUCUGGAGCAACCGAGACUAAGCACUGGCAAGACAUGAUUACAAAACCCCGACAGACAAUUGUACAGUGGCAUCGACUGAAACCAGAAUAAGGGCAGCAGUUCAGUAUUUCACUACCGUAUUUACUAUUAUUGUGUGUCACGUCAUUACUGACUUGAUGAAGAGUAAUUGUUUCCUUCCUGCGUGAUUUACAUACAUGUAUUUGUUGAUAAUCGCUCAAGAAAUUUUCUUUUAGAAAAUUUAAUCCAUACUGCCACGGUUACAUUGUUUUAAUUUGUUUCAGUAUUAACUCUGAUCUCUUUGGUAACUUCACGGUUGGCUAUUCACAGUAAUAAACAUUCCGAUACCAUUGUUCCCACUGUUGCUAGUACAUAUAUCUGUUUGAUUUUGGGUUUGGUUAACACAACAGCAAAUAUAUUGCGCAGUAAAUACGGUAGAGAACAGGGAAAUAAAGUAAGAAUUAUAUAAAUGUGUACAUAUAAAAUGAUGAUGUAGUCUCUCUAUACUCAUCAGUGUUUAAGACUAGUUGCAUGUUUAUAUAUCUGUUGACCAUCUGUUAUUCCGCUGUCCGAAACGCAAUUUUUUUGCUACACCUUGCAGUGUUAAUAGUUAUACCACUAAUGUCAUGAACUGAUGUCAGUUUAAUUUUAUUCUUAGGCCACAUACUUAUUUUGGCUUCUCUGGAGUACUAUAAACCUUCCAUGCUUGACAAUGGAGCAUAUUUUAUCCCACUGUACCACAUACUUCUGUGCUCGAUGUGUACAUACAUGAUCUCUCUCUGACAUUGUAUUCUUAUCAUCAGCUAUGAGUGUAAUGCUGUUUACAAGUAAGUGGAAAAUUUUAUAGUCUAUCUGAUGUAUUGUAACCAGAUUAGCAAAUAAGUAGCAUAAUGGUAGUGUGAAAUAAUUUUUCUGGAAUACUAUUUAUUUAUGUGUUUUAAAUAUCUAUUAAAGAAGGUAUAUGUGCCCCUCAAAUUGUGACCCUCUCCUUAAAAUUCUCCUUUUUUGGAAAAAAAUCAUGUAUUCUCAAGAGAGUCUCCCUUUUAACAUAAAUUCUGAAAUAUAGCAGAAAAGUGAUCAUUACACUAGCAAAAAUUAUAUAGCAGGAAGAGUAAAGCCAAAAGAGAAUAUUGGGGAUAAUAUUAACAGAGAGACAAUUAUCCUUAAAACUGAAUACAGUCUGAUUUGAGUUGCAUAGUUAUGUUUACCACAAAUUACUAAAAGUGAUGUAACACAUAAAUUGUUACGUAUUUCUUGUCGUGUACAUUUUUAUCUGAUUGUUAGAGAAUUUUUAUAAUAAAUGUCUGUCAACAUAAGUGCUACACCUAAUUAUCCAUAUUUAAAAUUAAUUUCAAUGUAAGACUCCUUAUAGUUAAAAUGCACAUAAUGAUUUUAUUAAAAUUCAUGUUAGUGUAAGAAAACUUCAUUGUCAUAACGUUAUUUUGAGCAAAAUCAAAUAAUCAAUCCUGUUAUAAUAAACCUCUGAUUCAUUUCAGUAAUCUAGUACACAAUAUGUCAAAUGAAAAUAGUCCUUAUUUUAGUCACAUAACUCAAAAUGCGAUACCUGGCAAGAAAUUAGUAACUCUGAAAUUGUUAAUUACAGUGAUUGGAAUUUUAGGAAUUCUACAUUCUGUUUGAGAUAUUUUUGGAAACACAUAUUACUUUGCACAGCAUUUUUUCUUAGUCAGAUUAUUUGCUGUUAAUGCUAAAAAAUUUAUUCACUGCAACAUUUUUAUCAAUAAUCUUGUAUGAGUAACACAUUGAUUCUGAAACAGAAGUAGGUAACUUAUGUGAUGUAUGAAAAUGAAAGUCAUGUAUGACAUUUUCUAAAAUAUCUCAUUUACAUACACAGGGAAUGAAUUGUUCAGCUUUGACUAUUUAACACUCUGGCUUGUUUGAAUCGUUCUCUAAUUCCAAUGCUGAUUAAUAAUUAUUUCUUAAUUUUGUAAGAGAUGGCUGUGUAAAUUCUAAUAUUUUAUUUCUCUGAAAAGAGCAGAAGUUGCUGUUUGUGAAAUCUUGAGACUGUGGUUUUAUUUGUUUACUGUCACCUAUGAGAGCCAGUGUGCGGAAUAUAUUAAAGACUGUAAGUGGUAUCAAUCAAAUGUGUGAAUUUUCCACAUAAAUCAGUAGUACAUGAACUUAGGUUUUAUUAUGUUAAUUAUCGCCUGUACUGAAAAACUCUAAGAUUUCAUUUCAUAAUUAGCUUGGAAUUGUUGGAAUGACAAGUAACACAGACUUUAUCUCAAACUACUGUACUACAAUCGAACAAAUUUCUGUGAUAAUCAGAACUUGAUUAAUGCAUGUAGAUAUAUAAAAGUCGCAUUUUUAUCAGAUGUAAUGAACCAAUUGCGAAUUUUGUUAGCCAUGAACGGAUCUGUUUUAUAGAUAUGAUUAUAGUAACAACAGUAUGCUAUUACUGUCCUAUAUUUGAAAAAUGAAUAAAAUAACCUAAGUAUAGAACAUGUGUAUUACAUAUAGAUUAUAAGACAACAACUUAAUCUGAUUUCGAACAAAUUUUAGAGGGGCCAAUAACUUAAAUUAUUCUGCAUAAAGCUGGACUGUGAUUUUGGAAUAAACGUUUCUUCCUUAUUUGGUACAUCUUUCAGACUACUGCAUAAACUUCAAAGGACUUGCCCACUGAUAUUAUUGAGUGUGCCUGUUACUCUCUAUCCUGACAAUAUUACAUUUUUUAUGUUUAUGGCUUGCUGUAGCUCUGUCUUUAAAUUCAGGUCUCAAAAUUCAUACAUAUUGCAACUGUAAUAUGUUUUAGAAGCAUCAAGCUGAUCAAUUACUAUAGUGCUUGAGUUCAGUGCUUCUUAUUAACUGUGUUUUAGUUAGUAAACGCUAAUAGACUUACCUGUUCAGAACAAUGAAAGAAAUAAUGUAGGUACUAAUGUGUUCACAAGCAAGGCAUCUUAACUCUAUCUUAAUUCAAUGAAAUGUUAUUUCAUAGCAUUGUAAUUUUUGUCAAUACUUAUUUACUAAAAGGUACCUUUUUAUUUGUGAUAUGGAAACAAUGUAGCAUGUGUUUCAAAAUCAUGCUUAUCCACUCUUCUAUUUUGUCCACAGAAAACACAAUCUUAGCAAUAACUCUCUUACAGUUUUUCCUUAUUCCUAUGUGUGACUUUUCAGGUCAAAAACAAGAAUAUAUCUUUGAACAUUUUAGGAGAAGGUUUAGGGCCAUAACUUUAGAAAUAUUCACAGAAGCUAGGAGUAGUGUAUGCCCACAGUAACCAUGAAGAAUAUGUGCAUUAUCAAUGAGGCCUGGCAAUGUUAACAGACUAAAAUCGAUAUUAAUGAUAUCAUCAUGAAGAACAAAACGAAAUUAUUCUCACCUACAGCAUCAACAUGAAUACUUUCAAUCAUCCAGUAACAAGAGAGAAUGGCAUAGAAAAGAAGUAGAUGUUAUUAGUAUGUAACAGACUUUAUAAUAAGUACAUUAUGAUGGCCCAUAUUGAUAUCAUACUAUAAAUAAUCAUGGCUAUUUCUGUAAUACACGAGGCUGGAAGACUGCCACAAAAGUUAUAAUAAUCUGUUUCACAAGUUUCAGGGGAUUUUAACAGUGAUUCAUUGAAUUUAACUUCCAAUAGAUACACAAAUAAUGCCAAACAACACAAGAAAGUUACAUCAAAGUGUAACAUAUCUCAGAAAUUAAUGACCCACAAGAACUUUUCAUCCAAAACUGCAUUUCUCAUCAUAGAUUAUUUUCUUUCUAAUAUCCUGAUUUCAAUUUGUAUGUUGCAGAGUAAUUCCAUUUGUGAUCUAAUUCACAUUGUGUCAGUCUGAACACAGCAAUAAUAUAAUGCUUCUAGUAUGUAAAUUUUUAACUUCUCUAUGAGACAGCUAAACUCAGUUUCAUUCUCUCUCUACAUUAUACCUUACAUAUUUAUGCAGCUUUCUCUCAUAAAUGCCUUCACUGUAUGUUUCUAAGACACUAUAUUUUAUAUGUUAGCAGUGUGAGGACAUAUAUCAUUUAAUUUUUAUGUUAUUUACUUUGAAUUGUGAUUCAGUAUGACAAACUGACUGAACUGACCUGAAAAACUUUUAAAAAUGACAAUAAUUCUUCCUGUUCCUCUGGCAUCAGAAUUUGGAAAAUUCAUUUGUUAAAUUUAUUAACUCAACAUGUCACAUUUAGUGGAACAUAUAAAUAACUUAUUUUAUUUCGGUAUGUGUUGCCAUAGAGUAAGCUCAAAAUGUACAGCCAUAUAAUUAUUAUAUGAUAUAUUAUAUUAAUUAUCAUAUGAUAUAUUUUGUUUAUAAUUACAGCACAUGAACCCAAAUACAAAAAUCUCUUCACUGUUAUAGAAACCAAUAUACAUAAUCAUUGUUCUGAGAUUUGUAAUGAAGACAAGUUUUCCAUGUUCUGACUGCAAAAGAUUCAGAGGUGUACACUACAUCUGAGUUUUUACUAUAUAGCUUAAUAUUAACAAUAACAAAUGAACUUUUAGUCGUUAUUACAAAGAGAACUUAGUUCUAAAUUACACAAGAAUGUCAAAGAAUACAUGAGCCAUUCGGCUUCAAGACACAGGAAGAGUCUGUGAAUAACAUAGUAACCAAAUGAUGAUUUUUGAUUUAUGGAAGCAACUGAUAUGGAUUGAGCAGUUUGUAGAUUGAAAAGAAAAUCUAUGAAAUUGUAGUGCCUAUUGUUGAAUGUUACAGAUUAAAUGUUGUGCCAUAGUACCAUGAAGAGAAGACUAUGUACUUGUAAAAUAGAAUAGCAGCAUAAAAGUUAAUUGGGUCAUUCUGUAAGAGUGUGUGUUUUAGAUAAUGGGUGUUAGUAGUGUUUUCUUAGUAUGUAAAAAGUGUAAAUGUGGAAUAACUAGCUUUUAAAACUGCUAAAAUGUGUAAAUGUUAUUCAAACCAUACCCAAAUACUAAAUGUUGGCAUAAUGGAUGUAAUUACUGUGCUAUCAGUAACAGCUUAAAUUCUAAUUUGCCAUAUAGCUAUUGAUUACUAGUGCAAUUGUCCAAAAUUGUGGAAAUACAUAGAACAAACAGGAAACCUACAGGACAUGUAAGUGUAUACAGUAGCUAGUAGCCACAGAGAGAAUGGUUCUUAUCUCAUGAUUGUGAAGAUCCACAUUUUUUUAAUAUUUGUAGUUAUUUCCUCUUGUGAGACAAUUCUGUAACGAGAAAAAUACUUCUGUUCACAUAUGGAAAGAUUGCCCUUGUUGAUACAGCUAAAAUAUACUAAUUUGUUUUGAAACCUAUACAGGCAUAUUUCAAGAAGCUGUCUACUGUAUUUCUCUGUUGACUUAACAGCAAUUUGCAUUUGUGCUAGAAUGCCAUCCUUUAAUGACAUUCAUGAUUUUUUGUGCCCUUUUAUAUAUGUGAAUAUUUUACUCUCCAACAUUUUAUCUUUAUCAAAUGCACUGUUCCUAUUUGUAUUGAUCUGAUGUUCCCUAUUCGCAGUUAAUAGUUUUUCCUUAAGUGUUGAUUUCACUGUGAAGAAAGAGAACAAACUGGGGAUACACAAAUAAUAUAAAGUAGGCAUGUGUUCAGUUAUCUCAAAUAACUUACGUCACUUACUUGGUUCAUUUUUAUUUAUCUUGUAAGUAAUCCACAUUCAGUAUGUGCAUACUUUAACUAAACACAAAACUUACCACAAGGAAAUUUAUACAUACCAAUUACAGUUAAUGAUUUAUUACUAUCUUUUUCAUAUUUGCUCAAACUGUGUAAAGCUAGUAAGCUGUUCAUCUAGUUCUUGUAGAAGAGUAGUUCCCAGAGCAGAAUAUUUCAAACAUCUUUAACUUAGUGUCCAUGAAAAGCAAAAAUAAGACCCUCAACCACUUACACAAUAAAUAAACUUUUGAGAAGAAAAAAAUUAAUUUGGAUAAUGCAACAAUAAAGACCAAAACACAAAUAAAAUUAAACUUUGAGAAUAAGUGAUAAAAUAUAGAAAGAUUCAAAAGCAUUUUUCAGAACAUAAAUUCGCACUAAUGGGCAAAAUGAAAGUGCAUCAUUUAGUGAAAGUCAACAGGCUCCCACUAAAGUAAUUUCAGUCCAGUAAUAAAUAUUUUGUAAUUCUUGUUUGUAAACAUCUGCCAGAUCAACAUCAACAAUGACAUUUUAUCUACUUCUAAAUAUCUCAAGCUUCUAAAAGUUUGUCUUCAUGCUUUGCAUGGACAUUAAUGUAUGAAAAGAUAAAAUAUAUGUACUAAACGAAAAAGUUUUUAAACAGAACAUAGCUCAGGUUUUCUUACAGAAUGACCCACAAUGUUACAUGCCUCACAUUUUCCCCAAAACUGUACCCAUUAAAAAUGAUUUAGGUUGUAAAGUACUAACAAAGACCUUGUAAGUAUACUUCUAUUUAUAAAACACACUAUGUGGUUGAUUCAUUGACGCUGAUUUAAAAAAUUCUAAACAUAAAUAAUAUGACUACAUACGCACAGAUCUCCUCCCUGUGAAUAGAUUGAAGAGCAUCUAUAGAACUCAUAGUAGUGGUUCUAAAAAUGUGUCACGUUGAUGAGGCAACCACAGUUCAGUGAAUAAUCCCAUACAGAACUGCAGUGAAAAUUGAUGUCGUAGGUACCAAUGAAAUUGAAACCAAACUGUCCUCUGUAUAAUGAGAUAAUUCAUGUUCAUGUACUGUACAUACAACCAAGUUUGUGUAGUUUUCAUAUGUGAUGUUGUUCUGUAUAGAGGGUAAGAGGUUAUGCCCACAGUGUACAAAAUCACCUGGAUGUAUAUUUAUACUUAUGAGCAUACAAUAUAAAAUAUAUUUUAAAUGUGUAACAGUAAUUUUAGUAACUCUUGUGAGUGUAGUAAGACAAAAAAGAAGUUACCUGUUUUCAUAGUGUGGAGAAAGUAUUUUUUGGAAGCUGGCAUUAUAAUUGUGAAAUGUAUAUUCAUAAAUGUUUAAUAUGCCUCAUAAGUUUAGAUUUUUUUAUGCUUUAUGUAGACAGCUCAGGCAUAUCAGUUUCUCAUUGCCUUAGUAAGCUGAUUGGAAAAUAAACCAGUUUUAGUGUC